CAUUUCCCAAACAAUACCCAAAAUUGUUCAAUCUUCUCUAUCCAAAAGCAAAAAAAUGGGUGGUCGUUAAAACAACUAUUGUUUCACUGCGAUACCCGCCCGCAUUUUCCCGCCAUCACUUGUUCACGUCUCCAAAUGGCCUUCACAUUGCUCUCAAUCUCGAGCUGUUACUGUCUUCGCCUUUCACAAUUUGUUGUUAAUGGCCAUAGACCAAUUACACGUCAACAUACUUUCAGUAUUAGUCAAAUUGUCAUACACCCUAACAUUAAUCAAUGUCGUCCAUUUUCUAGAGGAGCAAGAUUCAUCUUGCUUUCAAAUGCCCAAAGCAGUGGAGAAUACGGCGGCUCUGAGCAGUUAAUUGAAGAUCUUAGGGUUCCCCAACAAUGGCUUGAACCCUCCAAAGCCCUCCAGGAAUCUGAAUGGUUGAGAACUGCUCUUAAGAAGUGGUUGGAUGAUGAAUAUUGUCCAGAGGAAACAAAUGUUGAGAUUAGCAAAGUUGCUGCGAAUUCAUUCUACAGAUCAUUGUUGGAGAAUAAAACUGACAUAGGUGAGAUACUAUUAAAGAUGGCUGGUGAUUUGGAAUCCAUAUCCUAUCAAGAAAGCUUUCAUGGAGCAUUCUCAUCAGCAAAUGCAGCAGUGAGUCUCAUAAUCCAACGGCUUGAACAAAACUAAUCAUUUGGCCUCGAUAAAAAGUUUGGAACUCUCAGCUUCCUACCAAACACCCCUUAUUUGUUUUUUUGACUUGCACUUUAGAAUUAUCCCUUAAUAGUAGUACAUUAAGAUUUCACCAAUAAGGUUAGAAAGGCCAUUUAUUGAAAAGAAAAAAAAAGAAGGUUAGAAAGGCCUAUGGUUUAAUAACUUUAGUUUGUCAACAUUUCUAGUGCUAUCUAGAGUAGCUGGAGAAAUACAUAUAUGCCAGACACUUUCAAUUUGUAGUUGAGUUUUAGAAUGUAAGUAUGAAACCAUGCUCUAUGUCAAGAUGUGUCAUCUCAAAAACAAGCUUUUAGUUUUUAGUUUUAUUACUUGUUAUCGGUA